AUAAGUUCAAUACAUAUGUGACCCUGAAAGUGCAAAAUGUGAAGAGCACAACGGUAGCUGUGCGAGGUGACCAACCCUGCUGGGAACAGGACUUCAUGUUUGAGAUCAGUCGGCUGGACCUGGGCCUAAUAGUUGAAGUAUGGAACAAAGGACUGAUCUGGGACACCCUGGUUGGGACCGUGUGGAUUGCUCUGAAGGCCAUUCACCAAUCUGAUGAGGAAGGUCCCGGGGAGUGGUCUACGCUGGAGGCAGAAGUUGUAAUGAAACAUGAUGAAAUCUGUGGAACCAAAAACCCGACUCCUCAUAAAAUUUUGCUGGACACAAGAUUCGAAUUACCUUUUGAUAUCCCUGAAGAAGAGGCCAGAUACUGGACAAGAAAAUUAGAACAAAUAAACUCACUGGGAGACGAUGAGUAUUCCUUUCAGGAGGAAGUCCAGAAGAAGCCAUUGCCCAGUGCUGCCUCCCAGUGUUGACACACUGUAUCUGAUGGUCUGCAAAAUUAGAUUUCUGAAACACUGCUUUUAACGUACAAUAGAUGAAAGCUCAGUGAUGUCUCUUAUGAAUGUCUUGUCUACUUUUGGCAACAACGUUAAUAAAAUUCAAGUCUCAUAAUUUAAA